AUGGCCACGAUUUCCAACAGUGGGUCCACUUCAGUCAAUGGAACAACUCCAGAAAGUAUGGAUCUCAAAGAUGAAAUGAUUCUUCCUCCUCUGCCACCUCCUCCUCCUAUUAUGGCUGAACCACAUAUUGGAAGCAUGAAAAGGAUUUCGGGCAGGAAGCAUAAGAACAGUGAGGUUGCCAGCAGACAGUAUGGCAUUAACAUCUUCAUUGUUGGACUUCUUCUGAUGUUUGCCGCCUAUUUACGGAUUAAUGGCCUGUCUGAAAGUGACCGGCUGAUCUUCCUGAUCGCUUUAAUGCUGAUUCAGAUCCUGUGGAUGAUUUUUCAUAUGGCUGUAAGUAGUAGAAAGACAUGGGGUUUUCCUGAGAGAGAUGGACACGCUGGUGCCAGGUGGCUGCGAUGUGGCAUUGGUCUGUUUGCAUUAACCACAAUAGUUAUGCAUGCUUUGAAGUUAGGUUACUUUGUUGGAUAUGCAGAAUGCAAGUCAAUAAUCGAAGGAAUAUACCCGAUCACCCACAUCAUUCACACAGUUUUACAGGUAUGUUUUCUUUGGAGGCAUUCUAAAGAUGUUAUCAAGUCCUUUAAAAAACUUGACAGGUUUGGCCUCAUCCAUUCUGUAUAUACAAAUUUACUCCUUUGGGCCAGUGCGGUAGCGACAGAGUCUGACCACCAGCUGGAAGAACACAUGGGUAGAUUGACGUCACUUGGCUUUGUGAACAUAACUUUACAUGAUGACCAUGUAGCGUGUAACUGUACCACUUAUUUGUGUGACAUCUUUAAAAGAGGAAUCUAUUAUAUGUACCCGUUCUACAUUGAAUAUCAGGUUUUAGCUUCAGCUAUGCUGUACGUACUGUGGAAGAAUAUAGGGAACAACCUUGGAUAUUGCCAUCAUAGACCAAAGCUUAAUUUCAGAGGGGUGAUCCCGGGCACCCUCUUGGGACUCAUUGUUUUUGCGGCAACACUUGCUAUGGUCGCAAUAUACCUAUUGAAUAUUGGACGCUCAAAGGACAGCAGCGAGUCUGCUCUGAGUAUCUUCUACUUUUAUUCAAUCGCUGUUUUGGCCUUCAUGAGUAUUGUAUCCGUAAUUGGCCUUAUAAUACAUAGACUUGAUACAACACCCACUAUCAAAGUGAAUAGCCCAGCUGUAAAACUGGAUGAAGACCUACUGGUGGGUUCUGCCGUUGGAUCUUGGAUUACAUCAUGGAGCUCCAUUAUUGCAAUAAUAUUUUCUGAUAGCCAUCCAGCCUUUACUUGGUACAAUCUACCCUACUCCAUACUAGUUAUAGUAGAGAAAUACAUACAAAACCUCUUCAUAACUACAUACAUCAACCGAAAAGACAAUCCUAAUACUAAAAUACCACAGGUGGAAAUAUAUGUGACUUCAGGUGAAACCAACUUUCCUACUGAAAGUACAGAUUUUGGAACCGGGAAACUAGACAAGACGCCAAAUCACCUUCACAAACACUACAGCAACUGCAAAGGCUGUAUAUGUCACCAAGAAAUUCUCCAAAAUCCCUCCUCAAGAUUUAAGAAAACAGUGCUGAAAAAUAUCACGGCUGCCUUGUUCUUAUGCAACAUUUCUCUCUGGAUACCUCCAGCUUUUGGAUGUCGUCCCCAGUAUGAUAACGGAUUGGAGGCCAUUGUGUUUGGGUUCAUGCCUUGGAUUAUUAUUACUGACAUUGCUGUCCCCUUUUCCAUCUUCUACAGAAUGCACUCAAUGUACGCCUUGUUUGAUGUCUUCUGUAAAGUUGGUUCUUUCUAAAAAAAAAAUCAUGAAGAAUUAGAGGUUUACAUUUUUUUUAAAUAAAAAUAAAAUCAAAUUUUCUUUUUAGGGCACUAUAGAAAAGCUCAAAACAGUUCCUACUACUCAACAAGAAUUUAGCAAAAUAUACAAAGCCUUCAGUAGAAUGUUAGGUUACCACGAUGUUGUGAUUGUUUAUUAAUAAAGAUAUA